AUGACGACCACCACCACUAGAACCUACCAACUCCCCAACACCAAAACCGAAAACGACCGUCUCGAACUCCAACACAACCUCCUCCUCAAAACCUUCCACGGCCUCUACCGCGCCCCCCUCUCACCCCCCACCAUCCACCGCGUCCUCGACAUCGGCUGCGGAACCUGCAACUGGCCCAUCGCCUUCGCCCACCAACACCCUCACGCCCACGUCCUCGGAGUCGACAUUGAAUCCAAACCCGAAGCCCAACAAAAAGCUCCCUUUCCCCAGAAUUUCACUUUACACCUCGCCGAUCUCGAAGAAGAGGCCACAUGGAAAGACUUGGGACAAUUCGAAUUCAUCCAUGCGAGAUUUCUCGCCGUGGUAGUUCGUGAUUGGCCGAAAAUGAUUCAACGAUGUCUGGAACAUUUGGCUCCCGGUGGAUGGUUGGAGUUGCAGGAUUUAUAUCUUCCUCCACAAUGUCUGGAUUGUACACCCGAAGAAGCGGCGCAGUCGAAAGUGUUGGAGUGGAGUCGAUUGAUGGGUGAAGCGAGUUCGAAAUUAGGUCUCAAAAUGGAUACUCCGGGGACGUUUCCGCAGGUGUUGCAAACUGUGGGGUUUCAAGAUGUGAAAGGGGAGGAUUUUAAGUAUUAUACGGGUCCGUGGGAUGAGAGUUCGGAGGAGACGAUGGAGUUCGGGAGGUUGGGUCAGGAGUGUUUGAUCAUGGGGACUCCGGGGUUUUCCGAGACGUUGUUUACGACGCAGUUGGGGUGGACGGAGCAGCAGCACGCGGAGUAUGUGGCCGAGGUGGUGCAGGAGAUGCGGGAGGUCAAGUUUAAGACGUUUAUUCCGGUGAAGAUUUGUUAUGGCCGGAAACCUGCUGCUGCUGCGUGAUGAUUACUCUCUCUCUCUGACCUUCUAUAUAAGGUAACUUGGAGUGAGAAUGGAGUGGCUGGCGUGUGUAGGGGGAGCGAUACUUUGAUGGAAGUACAAUAUAUAUACACUAAAC